AUGUCGAAUGUGGCCGGAGACGAUACGUGGCAGGCCAUCGAGCCUCAGGGGCUCGCAUUGGGGCUUCUGGUCACUACCGUCACGUUAUCGAUCCUAACGACUAUCGUCAUGGCUAUGCGCAUGUUCAUUCGAUUCAAGACGAACAAAAUCGGUUCAGACGACUGGGCUAUGUUGACAGGAUUCUCUGUCAACUUGGGCCAAUCCGCCGUUGCGAUCUACGGGUCUUUCACCGGCAUAGCGAGCAGAGAUGAGACAAUGAACCAAGCGACGGGCAUUGAGGGCUACAAGACCCUCUUGAUCUGGCAAGCCUUCUACGCAGGUAGCUUGUGCUUUAUCAAGUCCAGCAUCUGCAUUACCCUCAUGCGCAUCACAAACCAGAAAGCCUACCUCUGGAUCCUGCGAGGAUUGAUAGGCCUCUCCUUCUUGAUGAGCGGUUCUGGCCUAAUCGUCAUCUUGAACCAAUGCCACCCCCUCGACAGGUAUUGGGACAAGAGGAUACCGGGAACCUGCUGGCCACCCAUCGUGGCCACCGCGCUUUCGUAUGGAGCCUCUGUCGCCAACGUCAUCACCGACUUCAGCGUUGCGGCGAUUCCGUUCUUUCUGCUUCGACAUGUGCAGAUGCGAUCUCGGCUCAAGUUCUACGUACGGCUCAUUCUGGGAUUGGGUCUCUUAGCUGGCAUCGCGAGCAUUAUCCGAGUACCUUUCACGAAUGCGUACAUGAAAGCCAGCGACGUUCUAUUUCUCUGGACAAUUGUCGAAUGCGGCCUGGGCAUCAUUGCUGGUUCGCUACCAAUGCUACGAGCCUUCUUCAAACGAUUGGCCAAGGAUACCAGCACGCAGGAACCCUACAACCGUUCAGGCGACACAAAUCUCGUAACCUUUGGACAGGGCAAGGGACGACAGGGUCCGAUAUACGAAACGGACCUAGGGGUGACGGUGAUCGGGGGAGCAGGGGAUAAUGAAAGCAACAACAGCAACCAUGACGACGAUGCGGAGAGCACGCGGCGAAUCAUCAAGGUUACGAGAGAAGUACGGCAUAGCGUUACUGAAGAGAAUGAGGCGACGCCGGCCAAGAGGUGA